AUGGAGCUGGAUAAAGAGACCAGCCGUCGUCUCGAGGAAUACCAAAGACGCACGCAGUCUCGUGGCUUUACUAAAGAGUAUCAGGAUAGCUUUAAAAAAGAAGAUAAUGUUGUCUGCCACAAACCACUAGCUCCAAUUACACACGCCAAACACGAAACCGCUGCACUCUAUUGGACUUUUUCUAAGAUUCAAGCUUUCCCGUGGUGA